UUUUCUCCAGCGGUGUUCUGCGCGAGACACGAUGUCCGAUAGAGACUGUUCUCAGUUCAGUCUGCUGGUGGAGCACCUGCAGGAGCAGCGCAGCUGAGUUAGGAAGAGCUGGGAAACAGGAAUAGGAUCAUAUUUCCGACGAUUCAGUCGGACUCAGCGAACCGGUUCAUCGAGUUUACUAAAAUAGCCUCAAAAUAUCUUUUCGUCCAGGAAGCGAUCAUCUCUAGUUGACACACACAUGACCGGUUAUAUCUCUAUCAGAUGAUUUAAGUACACUGGAAACUGCUUACUCGAGCAGUCUCUGUCAGCUUGUGCAGAAAUUUGACAUUAUUUACAUUUGCUGCAUAAGUAGCCUACACGUAAGUGAAGGUUUGUCGUAACAUAUGGCUUGUGCGCAGCGUUAUGUCAACAAAGUGGUCAUCGUUACUGGGGGCACUAGAGGCAUCGGAAGGGGCAUCGUUAAAGUGUUUGUGCAAAACGGAGCCAAAGUUGUGUUCUGCGCACAAGAGACUGAGUUGUCAGCUGGCCAGUCUCUUGAGUCUGUGCUGAACAAGGAAGGACUGGGAUCGUGCACGUUUGUGUCAUGUGACGUGACUAAAGAGGACGACAUCAAGCGAUUAAUCAAUGUGACGAUUGAGAGGUUUGGACAAAUAGACUGUUUGGUGAACAACGCUGGGUGGCACCCCCCUCACAAGACCACAGAUGAAACCACUGCGGAAGAGUUUAGAGACCUGCUUAAUCUGAACCUCAUCAGUUACUUCCUUACUUCAAAGUAUGCGCUGCCGUAUCUGCGUAAAACACAAGGAAACAUCAUCAAUUUGUCCAGCCUUGUGGCCUCGAUAGGUCAGAAAGAUGCAGCUCCCUAUGUAGCAACCAAGGGGGCGAUCACCGCCAUGACUAAAGCAAUGGCUGUGGAUGAGAGUCGCUAUCAAGUGAGAGUGAACUGCAUCUCUCCAAGCAAUAUAAUGACGCCUCUGUGGGAGGAGCUUGCUGGCCGCACAGAAGACGCUGCUGCCACUGUCAAGGGGGGUGAAAAUGCUCAGGCCCUGAAUGGACGCUUUCUUCAGCCCUAUCUCUCCCUGUCAUGUGGGUCGUUGAGGUUCGUCAGCUCCUCCUUCAAGGCUGCAGAUCUUACCAUAGAGAGGAACCCUGUACUGAAGCCAAAGCCAGAGCCCUCAACCCUUGUGUUCGGCAAGCAGUUUUCAGACCACAUGCUGACAAUCAGCUGGUCUGCAGCAGGAGGAUGGGAGGCACCUCAGAUCAAGCCCUUCCAGAAUCUGUCCCUUCACCCUGCUUCCUCAGCCCUGCAUUACUCCAUAGAGCUAUUUGAGGGCAUGAAGGCUUUCCGGGGAGUAGAUAACCGCAUCCGUCUCUUCAGGCCUAUGCUGAAUAUGGAGCGCAUGUACCGGAGCACCGAGAGGAGCUGCCUGCCUUUGUUUGAUAAGGACGAACUGAUAAAGUGUAUCAAUAAGCUGGUUGAGAUCGACCAAGAAUGGGUUCCUUACUCCACAGACGCCAGCCUGUACAUCAGACCAACGUUUAUAGGAACUGAACCUUCUCUAGGUGUGUCUCGAGCAGGUCAUGCGUUGCUCUUUGUCAUCGUUGGGCCUGUUGGACCUUAUUUUGCAACUGGAGGCUUUAGUCCGGUGUCAUUGCUGGCAGAUCCUCGAUAUGUCCGGGCCUGGAGGGGCGGCGUUGGAGAAUACAAGAUGGGAGGUAACUACGGGCCGACGAUUGCUGUUCAGAGUGAGGCAGCCAGGCAGAAAUGCCAGCAGGUCCUUUGGCUGUACGGAGAGAAUGAGGAGAUCACUGAGGUUGGAACCAUGAAUCUCUUCAUCUACUGGACCACAGAGAAAGGAGAGAAGGAGCUGGUCACCCCUCCACUGGAUGGCAUCAUUCUUCCAGGAGUCACCCGGCAGUCACUGCUGGACCUCGCUAGAGAAUGGGGAGACUUCAAAGUGACAGAGCGCCGAGUUUUAAUGAAGGAGCUGAUAGACGCUUUAGAUGACGGACGGAUUCUGGAGGUGUUCGGUUCGGGCACUGCAUGCGUGGUGUGUCCAGUUGGCAGUCUGCUCUACAGAGGACAGACUUACCAAAUUCCCACAAUGAAGAAUGGACCGGACCUUGCCAAGAGAUUCCAUAAGGAGCUCACUGACAUCCAGUAUGGACGCACUCAGCGGGACUGGGCACCGCUGAUCAUCUAACUGAUCUGACGCAGGUUUCAUGUCUUAAAACCUCUCAUCUCAAGUGUUUGUGUGUGGAAUAAAUAGACAGGGGUGUUAUAUUAAAUAUAUGCAGUCUUUCCUAAUGUCCUUAGAUGCUUGCUUGGAUAUCCAUAUGGCACAAUUUGUAGCACUAGAGUUCGUCCUUAAACCUAAGCUCAAGCAUCAUAAGCAACAAGCAAAUAUUUUCUCCUUGCAAUAGUUACUGAUCCAACCUGUAAACUUUUUUUCUUUUUUUAUCAACCCAUCAUCUUUUGCUGUCUCCUAAAAUGUUAUUUUCCUACAACGUUUACCUUUAUUAGCAUUUCAACCUUUAUAUUGCGGGAAUGGUGCUAAGAAAUCAGGCAUCUGAGAAGGUUCAGACUUCAGCAUGUAAUCAUUUUAAUGUAAAUGUUCAUUCACCUUCACAUUCACCUCAUGAUUUUCUUCCUUACUAGCAAGAGGACAGACAGCUAUUCAUUUCGCAUCAAUUUAAACAGUUCUGUUUCUUUUUAAAAGACACUAAAUUGGUUCAAAUUUGUAAAGAAAGUGUAAAUGAUUGUAUAUUUCUGUUUAGAAAAGGACAAAGAAAAUGUGUUAUUGCCAGAUUUAGAUAAUUUAAAACAGUGAGCUGAACUUAUGCACGCACAAAGGGUUUCAGGACGGCCCAGACAUAGCAGCUCAUUAGACCCCUAGAAAAGUCUUGAUGUGAUAAUCGUAGGUGAUCAUUACUAGGCUCUGUGUGUGUUAUCUAUAUGAUAUCCAGAACAAUAAUGUGACCUGUAUGUACAUGUGUUUGUGAAAUAUAUAAUGUUCACUGUACAUGUAGAAUGUAUCAGUUUUAACUUAUUUCUGGUGUUGUUUUAAUGGUUAGAAUACCUGUCAACUCAUUGUGAAACCCCCCUUUUUUCUUCAUUUUAAACAUGUAUUUAAACCAUGCACUACUCCACAUCUCUUCUGUCUAAGUGCCUGAUGGAGUUGGCUGUUACUAUUCUUUGUUGGCAGUAUCUUUAAGGGUUUUUCGCAGUAGAUGUCUUUACUUUUUCUGUUACUGUAUUUUUACAAAUAAAUUCCAUUUGCAUCCAAA